GCCUGGAGUCCCGGGCGCUGGGUUAUAAAAAGCGGCCGAAGCUGGGACCCAGACCUUGGAGCUCGCUCUCGCCAUGGACUCGGGCGCACGGCCCCCGCAGCAGCCGGCAGCCUCGGAGGUCGAGAUCUGCGACGCCUUCCAGGAAGUCGUGUUGCAGCUCCUGAGGCUUAAGAACAUCUUUCACUUCUCUCAGUCCACUUUUAACCUGGCUCUCACUAUCUUCAGCCGCCUCCUGGCUUCAGUAAAGGUAAAGGAGAGGUUACUCCAAUGUGUCACGAUUACUUCCUUGAGACUUGCUGUAAAAUUUAACGAAGAAGAGGAGUUAAUUCCACGCAUAAAAGACUUCAUAAAGCACUAUGGCUCUGGCUAUACCCCGAAUGAGCUGCUGAGGAUGGAGCUGGCUAUUUUGGACAAACUGCACUGGGACCUCUAUAUCGGGACGCCACUGGACUUCUUGACCAUAGUAAGUAUGAGGAGUUUGCAGAGUCUACCCUAG